AUGAAUGGACAAUUAGAAUCAAUAUUCCAAAUACUUAGGGCUGAUCCUCCAAAGUAUUUGGCCAACAUUCCAAAGAGGGAGACCAAAGAUAACAACCUCCUAGAUGUCCUAUGUACCGUCAUCAACAGGUUAAUUACACAAGGUGAUCAAAUUAAUACAGAGAGAAGAGAAUUCUAUCCACCAAAUAGAAAGCCACCUACAAUUGGAAUUGAUGCUUACUUGGCCAGAAUUCUAAAGUAUUCUCCAUGUAGCAAAGAAUGCUUUGUGUUGACAAUGGUUUAUAUUGAUCGUUUCCUGAGCAAGUGUAACUUGAUCAUCAAUUCAAUGAAUAUUCAUCGUAUUGUGAUCACCAGUCUACUGAUCAGUACCAAGUAUCUGGACGACAUCUUUUACAACAAUGAGUUCUACAGCCAGGUGGGAGGCAUCUCCCUGAUCGAGAUGAACAAACUCGAGGUCAACUUCCUCUCCAUGAUGAACUACACGGUCAACUGUCCCCUGGAAGAGUUUGAGCGAUACAACCGCGAGGUCGAGAAGGUCAAGAGAAAGUAUGAGCUCAACGAGCUGCAGUACAAGCUCGCACACAGUGGUAUCAUGUCCACAUUUAAUGUCGUGCCCCUCUCUUCAUUCCCAAUGGACAUCCCCGAGAACCACAACAAGGCAGCGGCCUACUCCAACUCCAAGAACUCACCGGUCGUCCCAACGAUCCACAAGCAAGCACCAGCCACUCAGAGCUACUCGUCAUCGUUCCAGCAGGUCCCACAGAGUUCCGCUUCUGCAACGAGCACCAACAACCAGACAAAGAUAUACAUCAACACCAUUCAGCAGACAAUCUACCAGCCUCUAAACAAUGGCGCCUCUGCUGCAUCUUCUUCAAUCAACACAACGCGCAGAGGUAGCUGCGAUCAUGGCGUGGCUAUUCCAAACAGCGAGAAGGCCUUCACAACAACAGGUUGGGUGGCC